CACAGCCUCUCUCUGUCCCCUGCCCCAAUGAAUGUCUGCACUAGGGCCAAGGCUUGGAGUGAUUUACCUGAAGAGUGACACCAUUUGGAAACCACUGAAGAAACCCAAGACAGCUGAAAACCAGAAGGCGUCUGAGGAGAAUGAGAUUACUCAGACGGGUGCAUGCAGCGCCAAGCCAGGCCUUCCCUGCCUGAACCUUGAAGCUGUUCCGCCUCUGAGCCCAGCCCUCACCCACUCAUCACAGUCACCAACAAACCUGCCCGCACACACAGGGUCAUCUGAUUGUAACAUCAGUUGCAAGGGGAUGACAGAGCGCAUUCACAGCAUCAACCUUCACAACUUCAGCAAUUCUGUGCUCGAGACCCUCAACGAGCAGCGCAACCGUGGCCACUUCUGUGACGUGACGGUCCGCAUCCACGGGAGCAUGCUACGCGCCCACCGCUGCGUGCUGGCGGCUGGCAGCCCCUUCUUCCAGGACAAGCUGCUGCUGGGGUACAGCGACAUCGAGAUCCCCUCAGUGGUGUCAGUCCAGUCCGUGCAAAAGCUCAUUGACUUCAUGUACAGUGGGGUGCUGCGGGUCUCACAGUCAGAGGCCCUGCAGAUCCUCACAGCUGCCAGCAUCCUGCAGAUCAAGACUGUGAUUGACGAAUGCACAAGGAUCGUCUCGCAGAAUGUGGGGGAGGUCUACCCAGUGAUUCAGGACUCUGGGCAGGAGACGCCCAGGGGGACCCCCGAAUCGGGCACCUCAGGGCAGAGCAGCGACACAGAGUCUGGCUACUUGCAGAGCCACUCGCAGCACAGUGUGGACAGGAUCUACUCGGCUCUCUAUGCCUGUUCCAUGCAGAAUGGCAGUGGGGAGCGCUCCUUCUACAGCGGAGCAGUGGUCAGCCACCAUGAAACAGCCCUGGGGCUUCCCAGAGACCAUCACAUGGAAGACCCCAGCUGGAUUACACGGAUCCACGAGCGCUCACAGCAGAUGGAGCGGUACCUCUCCACCACUCCAGAGACCACACACUGCCGCAAGCAACCACGCCCGGUCCGGAUCCAGACCCUGGUGGGCAACAUCCACAUCAAACAGGAGAUGGAGGAUGACUAUGACUACUAUGGCCAGCAGAGGGUGCAGAUCCUGGAGCGUAAUGAGUCUGAGGAAUGCACUGAGGACACUGACCAAGCAGAAGGCACUGAGAGUGAGCCCAAGGGGGAGAGUUUUGACUCUGGAGUCAGUUCCUCCAUUGGGACUGAGCCUGAUUCCAUGGAGCAGCAGUUCAUGGCUAACCUGGGCCGAGAGGGUCAGCAGGAACCUUCCCAAGCAGAGCAAAAUGAAGUCCCUGCUGAAGGCACACAGACCCAGCCGCAACACCUAGAUGCCAACACUUCCUCGCCAGACAGAAGCAAUGACAUUGAAAUGGACAGCAAAGUGCUCACUGUCAGUAACAACAGCGAAAAGGGGGCCUUGCAGCCUUCUGUCAACACAACAGUUGCCCAACCAUUGCCAAGCACCCAGCUCUACUUACGCCAGACAGAAACCCUCACCAGCAAUCUGAGGAUGCCGCUGACCCUGACCAGCAACACACAGGUCAUUGGCACAGCUGGCAACACCUACCUGCCCGCCCUCUUUACCACACAGUCUGCUGGCAGUGGACCUAAACCUUUCCUUUUCAGCCUGCCCCAGCCCUUAGCUGGCCAACAGACACAGUUUGUGACAGUGACCCAACCUGGCCUGUCAACCUUUACUGCCCAGCUGCCAGCCCCACAGCCCUUGGCCCCAUCUGCGGGCCACAGCACAGCAGGUGGACAGGGUGAAAAAAAGCCUUACGAGUGCACUCUCUGCAACAAGACUUUCACCGCCAAACAGAACUAUGUCAAGCACAUGUUUGUACACACAGGUGAGAAGCCCCACCAGUGCAGCAUCUGUUGGCGCUCCUUCUCCUUAAAGGAUUACCUAAUCAAACACAUGGUGACGCACACCGGCGUGAGGGCCUACCAGUGCAGCAUCUGCAACAAGCGCUUCACCCAGAAGAGCUCCCUCAACGUGCACAUGCGCCUCCACCGUGGGGAGAAGUCCUACGAGUGCUACAUCUGCAAGAAGAAGUUCUCCCACAAGACCCUUCUGGAGAGGCAUGUGGCUCUGCACAGUGCCACUAACGGCACGACCGGCGCAGCAGGCACGGGCACCAGGGCUGUCCCUGCCGGGGUGGUGGCCUGCACGGAGGGGACCACGUACGUCUGCUCUGUCUGUCCAGCUAAGUUUGACCAAAUCGAGCAUUUCAACGACCACAUGAGGAUGCAUGUGUCAGACGGAUAAGUAGAAUCUCUGUCUCUUUGUUAUGAACAAAAAAAAAAAA